CCAGGGCUACGGGAUCUUAUGACGUCUGUGUCCCUAGGAGUGCACUCCUGUAACCGAGCCGGUCUGAAUCUGUGGCGUUACCGACUACUGGUGUAGGCUGUAUGCAUUUGGAAACGUGCCGGCAAAUUUACCUCUUAAAUCUUAGAUAGAUACAAAAUCGACUUGAUUCUUGGGCACAAGCGGGAUGUCUGUCACACAAGCAGGCACGAACUCCCUGGGCAAACCACCGGACCAGGAUGAAGUCACAGCGGAGGUGUGCCAAGCGUCAGACCUGCACGAGGGACAGAUGAUGGAGGCGGAGGUGGGCGGGCAGCGAGUGUUGCUGGUGCGUAGCGGGGGAGAGUUCAGCGCUGUCGGGAACCUCUGCACACACUACGGCGCUCCGCUCAGCAAAGGUGCAUUAUUGGGAAGCAGGGUACGGUGUCCCUGGCACGGGGCUUGCUUUAACAUAAAGACUGGAGACAUAGAAGAGUACCCAGGACUGGAUAGUUUGCCCUGUCACAAGGUGACCAUUGAGAACAACAAAGUGUUUGUGUCGGUUAGCAAAAAGUCCCUGAAGCUGGUGAAGCGGGUGAAGCCCAUGGGCCGCAGGGUGGCGGAGGUCAACCACACGGUGCUGCUGAUUGGAGGAGGCCCCGCCUCUUUGCUGUGUGCCGAGACGCUGCGUCAGGAGAACUACGGAGGCAGAAUCGUCAUGGUGACCAGGGAGGACCUGCCUCCCUAUGACAGGACCAAGCUGAGCAAGGUGUUGAAUGUGGAUCGGAGCAGCAUUCUCUUGAGGCAGAUGGAGUUUUUGGAGCAGCAUGACAUCGAAGUGUGGACUCAGAAGCAGGUGGAGUCAGUGGAUACAGAGCGAGGUGCGGUGACCCUGAGUGAUGGCUCAGAGCUUCGCUACGACCAGCUGCUCAUCGCCACGGGCUGCAGGCCUCGGCCAAUCAAGUGCCCUGGUGCAGACCUACGCGGAGUGAGAGUGCUGCAGACUCCAGAUGACGCCAUGAGCAUCCACCAAGCCUGCGAGGGCCGUAAGGCCGUCAUCGUCGGCUCCUCCUUCAUUGGCAUGGAGGUGGCAUCUUAUCUGUGGGAUAAAGCUGCCAGUGUGGCAGUGGUGGGCAGCAGUGAGUUCCCCUAUCAGAGAUCGCUGGGCUCGGAGAUCGGAAGAGCGACUAUGCAGAUGCUCGUAGAGAAGAAGGUGGCGUUCCACAUGCGCGACGGUGUGGCAGAGAUCAGAGGAGAAAACGGACAGGUCCGAGAGGUGGUGCUAAGGAGUGGAACGGUGCUGCCCGCCGACGUGGUUGUCGUGGGGAUUGGUGUCAUCCCCAAUACCGACUUCCUGAAGGGGGGUGCUGUGGAGCUUGAUUCCAGGCAAUCUGUGAUUGUAGACAAGUUCAUGAGGACCACUGUGCCCAAUGUCUUCUGUGCUGGUGAUGUCACCGCCUUCCCUCUCAGCCUACGCAGAAACCAGAGGGUUAGCAUCGGCCACUGGCAGCUGGCACAGGCCCAGGGGAGGAUCGCUGCUUUAAACAUGCUGAACCACCAGGUCGAGCUGGACUCCGUACCGUUCUUCUGGACCGUGCUCCUGGGCAAAAGCCUCCGAUACACAGGCUAUGGUGAAGGAUAUACUGAUGUUGUACUGAAAGGAAAAAUUGAAGAAAUGAAAUUUCUGGCAUUUUAUAUCAAGGAUGAGGAAGUGGUGGCCGUGGCUAGCUUGAACUAUGACCCCGCCGUUUCCCAGGUAGCAGAGAGGAUGGCAGCAGGGAAGGUGAUCACGAAGGCCCAAGCAGAAUCUGAUGACUUGAGCUGGCUGACCCUGCCCUGACCUGCAGAAUUGUGGGCGGAGCUUCACUCCCCCCAUUCAGGCAGCACAGCCGUGUUGUGGUUGCCUCGGUAACCAGCCUUCACUUGAAAUAUACUGCGAUAUGCUACAGCAUAUUUUAGAGAUGUGUGCUCCUGUUUGUCUGAUGUGUUUGGGGUGCUGUGGUGUUUCCAUUGGCAUCACGGUCACCCUUUCAGCUUCAACUUACUGAACAUAUUUUUGGGUUUUUCAUAUAUUUAACACAACUAUGAUGGUUGAUAUCUUACCACGUAUCAAAUAAUCGAUGAUGCGCUUCCUGUCUACCUGUCACGUCUGUAUUUAGAAGAGAUUUUAAUGGAGAAUCUUAGCUGGACCUUCCUUGUCCAUAGUCAUCUGUUCAUUUUGGAAAGCAGGUCUUGCGGAGUCUUUGGGACGGUUGAAUUAAUCUGGGAUGCUGGGACGAGCUUUGAUCGUCCCAUUAAAUUUAAAAGCAUUAUUCUGAAAAAUGAGCUUAUGAAGAAUCAUGUCACAUUUUGGGAUACACUGAGUGGGGGUAACCGGAGCUGAUUGACAAAUCGGGUUAAACUCAAACCAAGCCGGGUAGGUUUGACAGUCAUAAUUGACUUAUGAUUUAGUAGAACUUCUGAUUUAUUUUUAAAGAUGGAAUCGUAACCCCUCUGUGUGGAAACUGCGUCAGACUGUGACUACCUCGAUUUUUUCCCUUGCACUUAAAUGCAAGUUUUAAAAUCCAGAUUUAAAUCCCAGGUUUAAACACAAGGAAACGGGUUCUGUGGAAUCAGCCUCAAAGAAAAUAGUGGACGCGCCUCAGUUCCGUCACAUCCGAACCCCGCAUGAAAACUUUUGUGCAACUUUGUUUGAGAAUGAGAGAAUUUGCAGGGGUGAAAGUGGCAGAACGAAGCGAUAAAGUGCUUAAGAAAGGCUGAUUGUGUAAGUGAUGUGUAUGAGGCAGUCGAUGGAAACAAACUGCCAGGGAAUUUUGCAAACAGUCUCUGCAGUUCUGAUCUGUUUAUAGAAGGGACAGAAUUUAGUGUCUAUGCAGUUUAACCUACGUAAUGCACACAACUUGCAUGUGUCGUACAUCGCUACACCUGUCAACAGUUCCAUAUUGAUGGUCAUAAAAUAUAUAUUAAAUUAAACACUUGAGAAAAUUAUUUAUGCAUUAGUUAUAUCUAUAUAGAUAUAUAUUUGAUAUUUAAUAUAUUUUCCUGUCUUAAUUUUCCUAAAAGGUACUCUAUGCCAAAUGUUGCAUGUGAUGCUAUAUUGGUGAAAGAUAUUAGGUGAUAGGCCUUGUCAGACUUGCAGUAUGUAGCUGGUUUGGUCUCUGGCCUCCUUAAAUCCCACAAUGCUUUAAGUCUGUAGAGUUGUAAUCAGGCUCCUUGGCUGGGUGAAUUUUUAGCCUUGACAUGCUCACGCACGCACACACACACACACACAUCCACAUCUACAUAUCCACACACAUAUCUUUGAUCAAAGACAUUGGUCACAGCACUACUGCAGGUGUGCAGGAAGGGUGUUGAGAUGUGACCUGGGCAGGGUUUGUGCGGAGAAGGGAAAAGCUGUGUUUGGAUAUUUGGAAAUGGCUGUGUGUCACUCCCUGGAAAUCAUCUGUGAGGUACUUCCUGUCUGCGUUCCAUUUCAAAUGUGUUUUUGUGCAAAUUCUGAAAAUAAAAAAAAUAUUGUCCAUCA